CCGUCUCACAAUGUCUCGCACGCCAGAACAACCACGGUUGACGCCGCAGUUCUGCUUCAAUCAGACUGCAUUACGAGACUUCCUCCGCACUUCCCGAGCCAGCGUAGACGACACCAUCUCACAGAACCUGAACGCUCUAAACACACCCGGCGCACGACCUUUCGAUCCGUCGUCGACCACUGAACGACAGCCUCGACCAAUUGGCCGACGACCACUGCCAUCCACAUCAUGCGAUCAAUUCAAAGAGAAAGUUCUGUUCCCGUCCUGGCAAAGCAGAAGUGAUGUCUUGAACUACUGCGCCGGCGUCGCCACUUCACCGGACCCAGAAGAUCCGGACCAUGUACUGCGAGAGACGGAGGAUGCGCUUGCGCGAGAGAGACUGGUCGAUGAAAGAUUAGAUCCAUACAGUGGGAGGUACUUUGCGAGGAGUCUGAGGACGGAAGCACUCGCGACUUUGAUCAGGAAUGAGCGGAUGGUGGAGAGUAUCAUCCGCGACAGGACUUGGAGAAUCGUGGGUGAGCGGUGUGAGAAUGGAGGAGUUGAUCAGGCGGAAAAGGCAGUCGACGAGUGGAGAAGACGGAGAGCUGGCGAGUAGACAUGGAUGAGAACGCCAGAGGAAUACAGGAAUACAGGAUAAAUCUCUUCUUUGGCAUCGUUGAGGAAUGUGGUCACGGAGAUUCGAUUCGCUGCUG